AUGGGGCAGUCCAUGAGCUUUGGCCUGACGCAGUAUGACGUCGACGAGCUUAUAGCCUACUGCAAGGGAGCAUUCACGCAACCAGAGAUUGAGGCGCUAUACAAGCGGUUUAGGUCACUGGACAGGGGAAGAAAGGGCUUCAUCACGGCGGAGGAGGUGCUGAGCAUCCCGGAGCUGAGCAUCAACCCGCUGGCCAAGCGGCUGGCCUACAUGUACGACUCAAUCAACUUCAAGGAGUUCCUGGGCCUGCUCGCGCCCUUCAGCCCCGCCGCCAGCCGCGACGACAAGCUGCGCUGCAUGUUUGCCGUGUACGACGUGGACGGCGACGGCGCGGUGUCUGGCGACGACAUGGAGAUCGUGCUGCGCCAGCUGGCGGGCAGCUCGCUGAGCGACGACGAGCUGCACAGCAUCGUGGCCAGGGUCCUGCGCGCGGCGGCAGACCCGCAGCGAGGCCUCACCUUUGCAGAGUAUCGGGCGGCGCUGGAGGGGGUGGGGGCGGAGCUGCACGUGGAUGUGCCGAUAGAGGACUGA